CAUUUUUCUUACUCUUUCUAUCUGUAAGUUUCAGUAAUUAUCUAUGGAAAUAUUUUUUGGUCAGUUUAUGUGUGUGUGAUGAAAUUCAAGUUUGACAUUUACCGAUAAAAUAUAACCCUUUUAUCUUACUCCAUUUACCACAAAUUCUUUGUCCAGUGAUCCACAUAGACUUUGGAGUUACCUCUGUGCAGCAGAUGAAUGCUUUUGUCUACCUGUAAGGCUGAAAGGCAUUUUUCACCAUGCUGUUGUUGGAGCCCUAGGCUUUCAGAUCCAACAGACCAAGUGCUGACCAUUCCUGACUAGUAUUGUUUGACUCAUUCUGAAGUGAAUAGGACCACAGUGUGAUCUGUAGAAAACUGGUGUCAUGAACUCCCUCAGGCUAAUAACUUUUAGCUGGCUGGCUUCCACAUUUUGCACCAGCUGUAGUGGUCAAGGGCAGCCCCAUCUGCCUUUCAUAAUAAUUCAGUCUGGAGGUUGGAAAGGCCUGGAUUGCUCUGACAAGGAUUCUCAACAAAGAAUCUAUCACAAGACCAAAUGCAGGUUGGAAAAAAAGAUUUCUGGCCACCAAAGCCAUCUGCGACAUCUGGCCCCUUGACUGCUCCUUAAGCUUCUCUCAGUUGCAAACUUAAUUGACAAAGAGUGGCCAUCUCCCACAAGAAGAAGCGCAUACACUGUCCCCACCAUGCUCUUGAGCUGCUUUCACAACCAGCGAGAAUCCCCUCCGUCUUAUCCGGUUUGAGCUUCAGCCAUCUCAUUCUCAUUCCAGCCCCUGUCUUGGCCAGGCACUGGAAAAGUAGACAUGCUGCACCAUCCAGACUCAGUAAAAAAGACCUGUGAAACUGCAUGUCACCCCAAUAUUGACAACUCCACAGUCUGGACUGCCUCCUUAUCCCCCAUAGCAACCUCAGACACAGUAAAUAAGGGGAAUGUGGAAUAAAACGCUGAGGAACUCUGCAUAGGGUCACAGAUGUGAAAUUUCUGUAUUUCUGAUAUAAUUUACUCCUGAUGUUUAACAACAAAAAGAAGAGAGAGAACUUGAAACCUAAAAUAAUGUCUUUCAUGGUCAAGGGUUGGUUGCAGUCUCUGUAUUGAAAGAUUUUUGAGUGGUAACUCAACCAACAAGCAGCUAGCUAACCAAAAAUUCAGAGCUUCUUGUGGGAGGAGGGGAAGAGGAUUCUCCAGGCCCACUGUGCUCUAUAUCUCUGUCACCUUAUUGUAAGUGAGAAGUGACACACACAAAUGGCAUGUGCAACUAGGCUUAAAAUAGCCCUCCAUCAAACCCACACACAUUCCCUGGGCUCCUUAUAUGUCCUAAUGCACAUGCUGCUUCUCUUUGAGAGGAUUGAUUUACAUGGGGCACUGAUGCCCUGCCCCUCUCCCCCAGUAAUUGCCAAAUGCUCUUAAACCGCUUGGGAGAAAUCACAGGAAUUCAGGAUCCCUCGUUCCUUCAUGCAGCCCUGAAGGCCGCAAAUGGUGACCUAACAGAUGCAGUCAACUUCCUCACUGAGGAGUGUGUUAAAGAGCCAGGCCAGGAAGCAGUCGCUGUGGAACCAUCUGACUGUGAAGGGAGUGCUGUGGGCAAAGAGCAACCCACCAAUGUGAUUGAUCUAACUCCUGAUAACAAAGAUGACCUCCAGGCAGUUAUUGCUCUCAGCUUCCUGGAGUCUCUGGAAGUUCAAGCAGUGGAAAGAGAUGCUAACAGGGCUCACAAAGCAAAUGCUGCUGAAAACAAAAAUCGCUCCAAAAGGAAACGGUGUGAAGUCUGGGGAGAGAAUCCCAAGCAGAAUGACUGGAGGAGAGUGGAUGACUGGCCUGUUGGCAUGAAGAACAUUGGAAAUACAUGCUGGUUUAGUGCAGUCAUUCAGUCUCUCUUCCAGCUGCCGGAAUUUCGUAGGCUGGUCCUUAGUUAUUCUCUCCCGCAAAGCAUGCUUGAGAAUUGUCGAAGUCGCAGUGAAAAGAGAAAUAUUGCAUUCAUGCAGGAACUUCAGUGUCUCUUUGCUUUAAUGCUGGGGACACAUCGUAAAUUUGUAGACCCCACUGCAUCACUGGAACUUUUAAAAGGCGCAUUUAAAUCAGCUGACGAACAGCAGCAAGAUGUGAGCGAAGUCACACACAAGCUUCUGGAUUGGCUAGAGGAUGCAUUCCAGCUGUCUGUGAAUGUAAACAGCCCUCAAGACAAAUCAGAAAACCCAAUGGUGCAACUCUUCUAUGGGACUUUCUUGACUGAAGGGGUCCAUGAGGGCAAGACCUUUUCUAAGAUAGAGACCUUUGGCCAGUAUCCCCUUCAGGUAAACGGUUAUCGGAACUUAAACGAAUGUUUGGAAGGGGCCAUGGUAGAAGGGGAGAUUGAGCCACUACCUUCUGAUCAAUCAGUGAAGUAUGGACAAGAGCGUUGGUUUACAAAGCUCCCUCCGGUGUUAACCUUUGAACUCUCCCGGUUCGAGUUCAAUCAGUCACUAGGGCAGCCAGAGAAGAUUCACAACAAGCUAGAAUUUCCCCAGAUUAUUUAUAUGGACAGGUAUUUGUACAGCAGUAAAGAGAUUAUUCAAAAGAAGAGAGAGGAGACGAGGAAGUUGAGGAAGCAAAUAGCAGUACUUCAGCAGAAAUUGGAAAGAUACAUGAAAUAUGGCUCUGGCCCAAGCCGCUUCCCAUUACCUGACAUGCUACAGUAUGUUCUUGAAUUUGCCAGUACAAAGCUACCUUUAGUUGUUCCCUCUGCUCAGGACUCUCAGAUGACUCCUGCACAGUCCCCAGCUGAGAGCUGUGGUCUGAAUGAACCUCUGCAGCAAAAUAGUGUAUUAGAAACAGAAAGUACUGAGAACACUGAAGGUGCAGCAUCCACUCUGAUAAACCCUCCGUCCCAGCCCUCCUGUUUACCAGCAGAAAUGCCUGAAUGCCCAGCUCCUCGUGUGGUCACUGAGGAGGAGAUGAGCCUAGUUAGGACGUGCCUGCAGCGAUGGAGGAGCGAGAUUGAGCAGGACAUCCAAGAUCUGAAGGACUGUAUUACCAGAAUCAACCAAUCCAUUGGUCAAAUGUAUGGUGACCCUGUCCUCUGUCAGGUUCCUUAUCGCUUGCAUGCUGUCCUGGUUCAUGAGGGCCAAGCAAAUGCCGGUCACUACUGGGCCUACAUAUACGACCAGCCCCGGAAGAGCUGGCUCAAAUACAAUGACAUCUCUGUGACAGAAUCAUCCUGGGAAGAACUGGAGAGAGAUUCAUAUGGAGGCCUGAGGAAUGCCAGUGCCUAUUGUCUGAUGUACAUCAAUGAUAAGCUGUCCCACUUUGUUGCAGAUGCUGCUGCUGAUGCAGAAACGGGACAGUUUCAGAAAGAAGUAGAACUUCUGCCACCUGAACUCCAGAAUUAUAUACAAGAAGACAACUGGAGGCUUGAACAGGAGGUGGAGGAAUGGGAACAGGAGCAGUCCUGCAAGAUCCCUCAGAUAGAGCCUUCAGCUACUUCUGAAUCUCAGGAUUUCACUUCUGAAUCAGGACAAGACCAGUCCUCAGGCUGUGAACACAGCAUACGCUCGCUGUCCUCCGAACAUGCCAGGAUUGCAAAGGACCAGACUGCCCAGGCCAUUGCAAAUACAGCUGAUGCCUAUGAGAAGAAUGGUGUAGAGGCUGCUCUGUGUGAGCCAAAGGAGGCAGAACCAACGAAGACCCAGCUGAGAGAAACAGCCCUUACAGUUCAGUCAGAACAGCAACCAGAUGCUAAAGGGACAGAGUCUGCUGCCCAGCCUAGCUCACAGGUCUCUGAAGUGGAGAUCCCCAGAGUGGGGAAGAUUCUGGUUAGAUCUGAUGCAGAUGGAUAUAAUGAGGAGGUGAUGCUUAGCCCAGCCAUGCAGGGUGUGAUCCUGGCUAUUGCUAAAGCCCGUCAGACAUUUGACCGGGAUGGGUCUGAAGCAGGGCUUGUUAAGGCAUUCCAUGAAGAGUACUCCAGACUGUAUCUGCUGGCCAAAGAGACCCCAACCCCUCACAAUGACCCCCGGCUGCAACACGUGCUCAUCUACUUCUUGCAGAACAAUGCUCCCAAGCAGGUAGUGGAGCGGACCCUCCUGGAGCAGUUUGCAGAUAGAAACCUCAGCUACGAUGAAAGGUCAAUUAGCAUUAUGCAAGUAGCACGAGCUAAGCUGAAGGAGAUUGGCCCUGAUGAUGUGAAUAUGGAGGAGUAUAAGAAAUGGCAUGAAGACUACAGUUUAUUUCGCAAGGUGUCUGUUUACCUGCUGACAGGGUUGGAACUCUACCAGAAUAGAAAGUACCAGGAAGCACUGACCUACCUGGUGUAUGCCUACCAAAGUAACACCUCCCUGCUCAUGAAAGGACCCAACCGAGGGGUGGAUGAAUCACUGAUUGCUUUAUACAGAAGAAAAUGCCUCUUGAAGCUGAAUGACAUGGCAGCGGCUUUGUUUGUAAGCCGUGCGGAGGCAGAUGUGUUGGAGGGCAUUAACAUCCUGAAUGAGCUGAUCAUCCCCUGUAUGCACCUCAUUAUCAAUAAUGACAUCUCCAAGGACGACCUGGAUGCCAUUGAGGUCAUGAGGAACCGCUGGUGCUCUUAUCUGGGACAAGAAGACAUGGAUGCCAACCUGCAAACGAAGCUGGGCGAACUGCUCCCCAGGCUCCUGGACUGCUCUGCAGAGGUCGUCAUUCUAAAAGAACCGCCGAAGAUCCGGCCCAACUCCCCCUACGACCUCUGCAGCCGCUUCGCAGCCGUGAUGGAGUCCAUUCAUGGGGCCGCACCUGUGACUGUCAAAUAAACUUCCAACUUUCCAGCCCUAGAUGCGGUACAUAGGAACCCACCUAUUGGCGUAGUAUCCUGCUGUCAGACAACAUUCGAAUGGGAGAGGGAGGAGAAUAGGUAGAUAAAGACGAUUCAUAUCCAGAUGUAAACCAUGCUCUUGGUGUUGAUACAAAGGAAUGAAAAGCAGUAUUGCACUUAAGAUACAAUUGUCAAUGAGAAUGCGAAGGGCAGGAACCACUGUUGUAAGAUGGCACAAUAUAUGGCUGGCAGUAACAGCUGCUUCUCAUCUCCACAACAACAAAAAAUGCACUGUCUCUCCGUUCCUUGCCCCUUUCUAAAAUGUCCCUUAGGCAAGAUACUUGGGACAGUGACAACAGCCGCACAAGAGAAUGGUUCAUUGACAAAUCAGUGACAUUUAUUAGCUUGGUUCUGGCAAACACAUCCACACCUUUCUAAAUUCUUAGCUGAAAGAGCUUAUAAAUCCAGAUCUUGGCAAAGUACGGCUGGCAGGAGUCUGAGUCGGGAGACUGAGAGACAGCGAGGAUUGAUGGCACACUGUGUAUG